AUGGCUCUAAAUAUACCAGGCUUAAUAUCUCUGAGUGUAUUUUUUACAUUAACUUUAGCUACUGGAAUUUGGGCUUCUUGGAAAAGCAGAAAGGAUCAGCAGAGCAGGAACCCAACAGAGAUGGCCAUGGUUGGAGGCAGGAAUAUAAAUGUUGUCAUUGGGUUGUUUACUGCAACAGCCACCUGGGUUGGAGGAGCAUAUAUUGCCAGCACAGCAGAAAUCGUCUACCUGCCUUCAAAAGGAUUACUGUGGGUCCAGGCACCUGUGGGAUUUGCCUUGGCCCUUGUUAUUGGUGGUUUCUUCUUUGUAAAUCCAAUGAGAGCAAAGAAUUAUGUGACCGUGAUGGACCCCCUUCAAGAAACUUAUGGGAACAUGAUGGGAACCUUACUCUUCAUUCCAUCACUGCUAGGAGAGGUGUUCUGGUUUGCAGCUAUCCUGGCAUCCCUCGGAGCAACAAUGAGGGUCAUCUUGGAUAUUGGAGGCUCUUUGGCUAUCACCAUCUCGGCAUGCACUGUCAUACUUUACACUCUGCUGGGAGGCCUCUACUCUGUUGCCUACACUGAUGUCAUCCAGAUGGUUUUCAUUACCAUCAGCCUGUGGAUCUGUAUUCCCUUUGCCCUGGUGAAUUCUGCAACGGAAAGUAUUUAUUACACCGCAACCCGUCAGUCUUACCAAGACCCUUGGAUUGGGAAGAUAGAAAAACGGUAUCUUGGAAGGUGGCUGGAUGACUUCUUCUACUUGGUGCUUGGAAGCAUCCCGUGGCAGACUUACUUCCAAAGGGUGCUCUCUGCUGCCUCGACAGGACAGGCAAGGCUCAUCUCCUACCUCUCUGGACUCGGCUGCUUUGCAAUGGCCAUCCCCUCCGUGCUCAUUGGGGCAGUCGCAGCAUCAACAGACUGGAACCAGACAAGCUAUGGUCUUCCAAGUCCAUUCGAGAGAGGGGAGUCAGCGAUGAUACUACCACUUGUUUUACAACAUCUCUGCCCAGCAUAUAUCUCCAUUACUGGUUUGGGAGCCAUUGCUGCUGCUUCGAUGUCUUCUGCAGAUUCAGCUCUUCUCUCCACUGGCUCCAUGUUCGCUCACAAUAUCUACAGAAAAAUCCUGAGGAAAAAGGCUUCAGAGACAGAGGUGUUGUGGGCCAUGAGGACCUCCAUGUUGGUGUUUGGGGCUGGGGCAGCUGGCCUGGCUUCUUACUCCAGCUCUAUCUAUGACCUCUGGUUCCUCAGCGGGGAGCUGGUGUACGCCCUCCUCUUCCCCCAGCUCUGCUGUGCCCUCUUUGCACCCAGCACAAACACCUAUGGAUCAGCUGCUGGCUUUUUGGUUGGGCUCCUGUUGAGGCUACUGGCAGGGGAGCCUGCCUUGAGCAUCCCCCCUGUCAUCCACUACCCAGCCUGCUCCCUGGUGAACGGGACCUACAGCCAGCUCUUUCCCUUUAAAACAUUCACCGUGCUUCUCACCUCGGGCACAAUCCUCGCUGUUUCACACUUGGCCGAGUUUUUGUUUCAGAGAAACCUCCUCCCUCGCAGCUGGGAUGUUUGCAAUGUCAUGAGGGGAACUGCCAUCCUCAUCCCCUUGCAGCAGGUGGAGAAACAGGACCAUUUGCCAACCACUGCUCCAGAAGAGAACCAUGAUUAA